CCCGCGGCCAUGCGAGGCGGCCGCCCCCGCGCCCGCCCAGCUCGGCGCUGCCCGCCGCGGCUGCCCGCCGCCCCGCGCUGAGCCCGCCGCCGCCCCGGCGCGGCCCGCGGCACCAUGUCCCGCCGCAAGAUCUCGUCAGAGUCCUUCAGCUCGCUGGGCUCGGACUGCCCCGAGACGAGCCCCGAGGAGGAGGGCGAGUGUCCCCUGUCCCGCCUGUGCUGGAACGGCAGCCGCAGCCCCCCCGGCCCCGCUGACAUCCCCUUCGCCGCCGCCGCCGCGGCCAGCGCCGGGGCGCGCCGCGCUCCGCGCCGCCGGCGGGUCAACCUGGACUCGCUGGGCGAGAGCAUCCGCCGCCUGACGGCCCCCGCGCCUCAGACCAUUCGGCAGACUCUUCAAAAGACACUGCAGUAUUUUGAGCAUCAAGUUAUUGGUUACAGAGAUGAAGAGAAGAAUUUCCACAAUAUAUCAAACAGAUGCACCUAUACAGACUGCUCUGGCAAUGAAGAAACUGAAGAUGUCUCAGGAAUUCUCCAGUGUACAGCUAACGUGCUUGGUCUGAAGUUUGAGGAAAUGCAAGAAAAAUUUGGGGAGGAAUUCUUCAAUAUCUGCUUUGAUGAGAAUGAAAGAGUUCUUCGAGCUGUAGGUGGGACCCUUCAAGACUUCUUCAAUGGCUUUGAUGCUUUGCUGGAGCAUAUUAGAACUUCAUUUGGAAGACAGGCCACCCUGGAAUCUCCUUCUUUCCUAUGCAAAGAACUCCCUGAAGGCAAUCUCAUGCUUCAUUAUUUUCACCCACAUCAGAUCGUGGGAUUUGCAAUGACAGGAAUGAUAAAAGCAGCAGCAAAGAAGAUUUACCGCUUGGAAGUAGAAGUAGAACAGGUCACAAAUGAUAAGUUGUGUUCAGAGGGGACAAACCCAGGUAACUGCAGUUGUUUGACUUUCCUUAUCAAAGAACAUGAAAAUGCAAAUACCACAAAAACACUUCCACCCGGAACUUCCCACUCCCCCUUAGACCUGAGGAUUAGCAUCAGCACCUUCUGCAGAGCUUUCCCCUUUCACCUGAUGUUUGAUCCAAACAUGCUGGUUCUCCAGCUUGGAGAAGGUCUUAGGAAGCAGCUCAGAUGUGACACUCAUAAAACGCUGAAAUUCCAAGAGUGCUUUGACAUAGUCUCUCCUAAAAUCAGUGCCACAUUUGAACGAGUCCUCCUGAGGUUAUCUACACCUUUUGUCAUUCGGACCAAACUUGAGGAUUCUGAUUCUGAAAGUAAAGAUAAGGUGAUGGAAAUUAAAGGACAAAUGAUUCAUGUGCCAGAAUCAAACUCGAUAUUGUUUCUGGGUUCCCCCUGUGUGGACAAGCUGGAUGAGCUGAUGGGCCGAGGCCUCCAUCUUUCGGACAUACCUAUCCAUGAUGCUACUCGUGAUGUCAUAUUGGUUGGGGAGCAAGCAAAGGCACAAGAUGGCUUGAAAAAACGAAUGGAUAAGCUGAAGGCAACGCUAGAAUGUACACACCAAGCCCUGGAAGAGGAGAAAAAGAAGACAGUAGAUCUCCUCAUUUCUAUUUUCCCUGAAGAGGUGGCUCAGCAGCUGUGGCAGGGGCAGCAGGUUCAGGCCAGGAAGUUUGAUGAUGUCACCAUGCUCUUCUCAGACAUUGUUGGCUUCACUGCCAUCUGUGCUCAGUGCACGCCCAUGCAGGUCAUCAGCAUGCUCAACGAGCUCUACACGCGCUUCGACCACCAGUGUGGAUUCCUUGACAUCUACAAGGUGGAAACAAUAGGUGAUGCGUACUGCGUUGCAGCAGGGCUCCAUAAGAAAAGCCUUAGUCAUGCCAAAGCCAUUGCCCUGAUGGCACUGAAGAUGAUGGAGCUUUCAGAAGAGGUUCUUACUCCAGAUGGAAGCCCGAUUAAGAUGAGGAUAGGCAUUCACUCAGGUUCGGUGCUGGCCGGCGUGGUUGGUGUGAGAAUGCCCCGCUAUUGUCUCUUCGGGAACAACGUCACCCUUGCAAGCAAGUUCGAGUCAGGAAGUCACCCACGCCGCAUCAACGUCAGUCCCACCACAUACCAGCUUUUGAAAAAGGAAGAAAAUUUUAUUUUUAUCCCUCGUUCCCGUGAAGAGCUUCCAGAAAACUUUCCAAAGGAAAUUCCUGGGAUCUGUUACUUCCUGGAGGUCAGAAGUGGUCAGAAGCCGCCAAAACCUUCCAUCACAUCUGCCAGAGUGAGAAAGGUCUCUUACAACAUCGGCACCAUGUUCCUCCGGGAGACCAGCCUAUGAGGCCUGCUGCAGAUCAAAGACUUGUCAAAAAAGCACAAGCCCAGAACUGGGUCAUGACAGGGGAGUUGGAGGUUCUUUGUGUUUCACUGCCUUCUUCUGAACAGGCAGUAAAAAGCUCCAUGUAAUGUCAGGCAAUAAUCAUUUUAAAAGGUGGGUAACUGCUAUCAGUAAACAAAGUGGAGAUAGGGAAAAAAUAUUAAACAAUGUACUUCCACUUCCAGAGGAAUUUCUUUCAUAAACUUCAGUCUGGCCCCUCUAUGGCAAACAAAACAACAAAACAAAACCCCAACUCUCAGAUUAGAGGUUGGUCUUGUUUUGUGCAGAAAGGAUGAUGGUUCUCUGUAGAUUUGCACCAGCUAAGCAGAAUUGAGAGUCAGUUCUGAUUAUGCAUUCCUAUAUUUAAUGUGUUCUUCAGUAAGGUAUUGAUGUUUUUUAACUUUAUGAACAAGCAUUUCAUACAUAUACUGUAGAGCUAUUGUAACCUUCGUGGCAGGAGGAAUUAUGACUCAAUACAAAUAUUGUAGGAAUUUUACCUAUUUUUAUACAUAUUUCACUUUCUGGAUAAUUACAUUCCACAUACUGUAAGCUGAGUGAGCUUAGAUAUCUUUUCAGAAGAAGUUACUGUAUAUUUCAUACAUUCUACCUAUCAAACCUUAUUGUUAUACAAGUGGGAAGAAGGCAUUUCUUGAGUUUCUUGGCAACAAAAAAAAAAAAAAAAAAUCAAUAUUUACAGAAUAAACCCCAAUUUGGUAAAUCACUUUAUCUGGUUUUUAUGCUAAAGCUUUAGAUGAGCACUGUCUUCUUAUAUAAAAUAAUAUUCAGUAUUUAUCCUACAGUGUUGUAUUGUCCAGUCCUUCCAGGACAAUGUAAACAAAGUGCAUAAGAUCAAUGUGUAGACAGACAGAAAAUUUCUCUUCCAUGGGACUUGUUUUCCCUCUAAAUUAUCAGCCAAACUGAUUUUCAGUAGGAGCCCUGAACUUCUCUAAAAAUUUGAUCUUGUGAAAACUUAUUCUGAGAAAUUCCAACAGAUACUGGAAGCUCUCUGGAUGCUGGUUUUCCAAAUUUUUAAUAGGACUUGUUUUUCUAGUCCAGAUUGCUUGUUGAAAAUCCAUUCUGUUAAUAAUGAUUGCUCAUUUGGAAACUUCCUCUAUUGUUGGAUUGGCUGAAGGUCCUCUGCUUUCUCUAAUUAAGAUCAAAAAAACACCAAAAAGGGAAAGGCAGUACUUUUCCAGGUUUAAUGCAAAUGGCAGUUCAAGAUUUUUGUUAGUCCAAGACAAUUAAAAAAUAAACCAAACAAACAAACAAAAAAGGCCAAUUCUUUGCUUUGAAAAUUAUACAGUAUUAUUGUCUUCAAUUAAUCCAGUUCAAGCAAGAUGUGUAUCUGGAACAUUUUCAGGCAUUUUUAUUUCUCAGGUUUUCUUUUUCACAAGUAGUGGUGGUCAGUUUUCCUGUGUGGGUGUGCUGCCUUUGGAUCAUACUGGGGUGGUGAUGAUGUUGUGAGCUUGCAGAUUGUUAGUUAAAAUCUGUGCCGUGAUUCCAAAGUGGUUUAGCUGUACGUGGGCCUUUAAUCACUUUAAUCAAAGAUAAGACUCAGCAGCAGCUAGGAGGCAUAAGAUACUCUGCACUUCUCUAAUUCAGAACAGAAAUGAGUUUGCUUAUGGAUUUAGUAGUCAUAACAUGAGGCACCUCUUGCAAAUAAGUAAAUAACUUUCACCACAUUUCAAGAUUAUCCAGCUGGAUCUUUCUGUGAAGGGAGUAACAGUUCUCUAUUUCUUCCCUUUGACCUGUAGCCCCUGUGAGUCAGCAUGGCACUGCUAGCCUGUUCUGAAUAUGUUUCAAGAUUCCUUUCCUGGAUGAGAAAGGACUGUUUGAACCUUUACCGACUCCAGCAUGCAGACAAUGUCUGAACUUAUUAUGCAGGGGUGAGUUUUUCCUUGUCUGAGGAGGGUAGAUGCAUAGGAAUUAGCAUUAGAAAACAAUUUUAAUGCAAAUUCCCUCACUUUCUAGUGGGAUACUGAUGUUAAAGAUUUCUUCGUUGGUAUUAGAAGGUUCUUGGGAUUAGAGGAAUUAUUUUUUUAUCUACCUUGAUAAACAGCAUAUGGAAUUCUGUGGCCUAUCUGAAAAAUUACUUAAAAAAAAGAGUUCAAGCUUGAGAUUCUGAAAUUUCCAUCCAGAUUACGGCUCUGAGAAUUUCCUGCACAGGAUGCCAAGUUUUAGCCUAUAGCCACUAGUUUGCACAUAGACAGGAUGUAGCAUGCAUUUUUUUUUACCCUGGGAACACCAGUAAGAUGUGUAAGAAUCAUAAAUGGACCAAAGUUCAUGUUUCACCACUGAAAGAGGAAUGCCACUUCCCAGCUAAUAAAUCCAUCGUUCGGAUGUCAUUACUUAGUUCCCUAGAGUGAAUUUUUUUCAAAUAUCCAUUAGUAGAUUUAGAUUUCAGUCUGACUUCUCUGGCACAUCUUCAUUGUUCAGUAGUUGCUGAUGUCAGUCUCAACCUGUCUGGCCAAGCUCUUUCUCUUCUCACCACCCACAGUCCUAUGUGAAGAGUACGAAUUUAGAGGUUUAGAUCUAAAGCUUGUAGUUCAACAACUUGUCUCUUACAGUUGCUAAUAAGAAAUGUCUAGGUUAAUUCUGCACCUGGAAUAGAAACAUUAGAAAUGUUUCCAUUGGAAACAUUGGAAACAAUGGAAACAUUUUCAUAGCGAAUGAUGGAUAAAUGCUAGUUUUAUUAGCAAAUUGGAGAAGCAGUCAAAACCAGUUUGUAUCACCAUCCUCAUCCUCUCAGAGACUUUUUGUUGUAUAAGGAGAUUUAAAAUCAGAGAAAUCUGUGUGAGAACUUAAAAUUGGUAUCACCACAAAUACAUUGGUAGUGUUUGUAAAUAAAUCAUCUAGCUCCCAAAAUUAGGAUACACUGACUGUAUAAAAAUAUACAGUCUUUAUUUUUCAUAAGCUUACGCAAAGUUAACAUACCUAGAGCUGCAGCACAGAUGCUAGGUAUUAUGUUGUGUUAUGAUGAGGGAUGAUAAUGAAAAUAGUGUGGGCUCUCUGGGGACAUUUUUCUAUAUCAAUGUGAGGAAAAAACAAAUUCUCAGCACUUUCUAAAUUAGUAGUUGCAUCUGGUGCCUUUCAUGUUAGGUCACAAGCUUAUUUUGUUAGGCACCUUUACAAAGUAAAAUGAAACUUAUUCUUAGGAUUGUUGUUGUCAUGUCAAUUAGGUGGCAGUCAGACUCAACAUUUCUCCUACAACACUUACUUUUAGUGAUAGGGAAAAUGUUCUCAUUUUCCUGGCAUUGUCAUCUUAAAUAGAAAGGUUCUCAGAGUUGUGUACCUUGAGAUGAUGAGAUAGAGACGUUAGAGGUGCUGAAAUAGUUACAGAAAUCAUACACUCUAGUUGGAAUUUUCUUUCAACAUUUUACUUCCUAUAAAACAGAUGAUAUUUGGUGCUUCUGGGUAAGAAUUUACAUUCUUGUGCUUCUUCACGUAGCUGCAAGAAGCCGCAUCUGCCGUCUUGAGUUUCUGUGCAGAACAAAUCUGCAUUCUCUGAAGAGAGAGGGAGGAGAUCUAUUUUGUAUUGCAUGUGCAAGGCAAAGGGAAGGUGAUAUGAGGACUCCCCUAGCUGGGUUCAUCAAUCUCUUUGUAUCCAGUUGAUUGUACAAAAAUCAGGAGGCCAGAGUAAAGAGAGUCCACAGUCAUUUCUCCAAAAUACUUUUUACAGAUCUUGUGUCAGAUUUUUCCAUCUGCUUGAAGCUCCCCAUCAUGCAGGCUUUUCUGUGAUGCAGUUCAUAGAGAUCAUGAACUCAGGGCAAAAAGGAAAUAGUGAUGAAAUGGUAGAGUGGUGGAUAAACUUUGUUCUGCAUCCCUCUGGUAAAAUUUGCCAUUCAAAGACAAAAGCCUCUGCAUGGGAGAAUUGCUACUAAGCCAGGACUCUCAAAGUGUGGUUUUCUUGCAGGAUCCCAAAGGAUAUUUCAUUUUUAAUUCUAGAGAGCCAAUAGUCAUUAACUGUGUUUGUGGUUUUGGCUUCUCUGCUCAUUCCCACAUUCAGUUUCAGAUCUGAGUCUGUUUUGAAGCCUGGAAACAUGCCUCUACUAACAGAAAACCAAAGCUCUUAAAACCUUGGAAAUCUUGUAUGGGAAUUACCUGCUUUGAAGAAAUCCUUGUGAUUGUGUCAUUAACAGUCCAUGGCAGUUCAUGUAUGUGCAUGGGCCAUUUCACAGUGCUAUCUCCUCCUCUGCUCACAGUGUUCUCUACCAAGCCCAGCAUCAGGAUUGGGCAUGUUUAAUGUCUAUCUUCCAUUUUUUCCUGGAUAAAGCAAGCAGUGCAAAACCACGAUAUGCUGCAUGCAUUUAAAAGUAUCAGCACUGCACUAAAAUGUAACUCUGAUAACCAAUUUCAUAUUGUAUAUUUCUUGCUCUGAAUAGAUCCUUCUCUCAGGCAAUUUAAAAAUGAAUGGAAACAAAAUUAGCACCCAAAACUGUUGUGUUGAAUUGUAAAUGAGUCUGAGACCUGCAUUGGUUGUUGGGGCAAGUUCAAUUGCUGGAUAGCUUUCUGAUUCUUGUGCUGCCACAAGCUGUCACAUGUACAUGCUUCGUGCAGACUGUCCUGUCAAGGACUCUGUAAUCCAGCAGCAGCAUUAUAAAUUUAGGACAUCUGAGUUUUCCUCUUCUAGUCUCAGGCCACUACCUUACAAGAGCUAAUUUCCUGUCCUAAUGCAGUCUCAGAGCUUCUGGCUUCCUUUCUGAAGUCUGGUGAUCUUUUGCAAAUUGUGCAUAUGUAGUAUUGGAAAUAGCAGUGUGCUUAAAUUAGCAACAAAACAAGAAGCUUGUCAAACUCAGAGACAGUUGGUCCCUUUCCCUUGAGUUAAUACAUUAUUCAUAAUGCUGUACAGGACUGAGGGUGCCAGUGACAGGAGAAGCUAUGGAUGAAUUGAAGAUGCUGAGUGUGCAGUAGACUCAACAAGUAGGAGUUGAUCGGCUUCUGCUGCAGUUAAUAAUUCCACCAUCUUGCAUGCUAUGUCCUGCUCUUGUCAGGGUUCUGCUCUCCAAAAGAUUGCCACUUACCUUCCCUUAGCACACUGUAUGUGAUCUAGUGAAUAAUUCCUAUUGUUGUCCUAAUUGGCAUGUAUUGUUGACACGGCUGCUUAUAUCUAAAGAAUAACUGGGGUUAAAGGGCUGAUCUUACUCUUCUUGCAGCAAAGACAAAACUGCUCUGGCGACGCAGCAGGCACUCACAUCCUUAGAGAGUGAAAGGACCAAAGUGCAAGUUAUCACUGGUGGGUUUGGGUGAAGUCAUGGCAUUAACAGCCCAUGGCAUGCUUUUAGCUUUCACAAGCACCAAACUUAUCUGUGCAGAUAGGAGUUACUCCUUAACGAUGUUAUUCAUUUGCAAUGCAUGAGCAGGCUUACAACAAAAAUCUGUGAAGUGUUUAACCUCAUAUACAUGAUUGAUCUUUUGUGGCUUGGCUGUUAAUCAUGCUUGAAAGCAAGAGUGAGAGUGAAACUGAGGAAUGCAGCAAUUCAGUCACAGGCAAUAGAUCAUUCACCUCUGCAGAUGCUAACUUGCUCCUGUGGCUUAGCAAGGUUGACCUCCAGUUAUCCGUGGUCCAGGUUAGUGUCACUGUGUCACUGUAGCAACAAAAUGGCCUCUGAAAACAGCAUGAGGCAUCUCAGUCUGCUUCCUUCUGGGCUGGGGUUCACAUUAGAGAGCCCAAUACGUGUGAUGCAAAGUGGCAACUUUGCUGGCAGCAUUAACAACAGGAUCAGUGGAGGCAGAUGUUAAACCAGCUGUUUGCUCCAGGGAUUUUAGUUUCCAAAGGCAGAGUGAGUCUGAGCAUGUUUUAAUUGGACGAAAAGAAACAAGAGGAUUUCAGAGAAAAAAGUGUCUUCCUUGGCUAGCAAGGAGGCAGUGGAAUUAACAUGAGUCAAGAGGGACAAGCUGAUUACCGUGGCUGCAGCAGCACCUUCAGCUGUCUGGCCCUCUUUGGGAUUCCAACAAAGUUUCUUUUGAAAACUGGAGGACAGGUAAGCACUUCAGGCACUUGUCCCUUCUGCUUUAGAAAGAGUAUGAGGCUGCCUAAAUCCUUGAGUGUUCUUAACUUUCUCAGUGACCACAAAUGGCAAACUUAGACUAGAACUCUUGUUUUUUAAGAUGGCCAAAAUAAGGGAGACUGAUCCCACUGAAUUACAUUCUUUUCAGCCCAAGUGCUAUGUCUCAGAUCUUCUGCUGUGCUGCUUUUCAGCAUCUUGCACUGGCCAAAAUAAAUUGAAUCAAACUAAGUGUCAGAGGGAUAGAUAAGCAUAUUCCAAGAUAAGUAAAGCCAUGGUGACUGUUGCGAGCAUGGGCUAGCUACUGCAGUCCUGCAGAUCUCUCCUAGUGUCUGAGCCCUUUGCAUGUGAUUCCAGCACUGCCACAACUCUGGGAUGCCAUUAGGAGUGUGAUUUAGAAAAGGUUUUCAGCUUUGAACUCCUAGCCCAGUUAUACAAAACCUGUGUGCCAUGUUCACCUGAACUGUAUGCCAGAAUGCCUGCAUAAACCUUAUCCUGUAGUCAAGAUGGUAAUAACAUAUAAAUUCUGAAGAACAGAGAGAUAGCUGCCAGGCUAUCAUUAACACACAUUUUUUUGUGCUUUUGUAAAUUUGUAGGCCCAAAAUUAACUUUCUAUUAGCAGAAGGUCUCACGCUGAGCUACUUGUUUUCUAGGUAAAACAAGAAUUAUUAUUAUUAUUAUUGUUAUUAUUAUUAUUCCUUAGCAAUACUCUCUAAUGACUACUCUUGAAGCAAUAAAUAAAGCCAUGCUAGUCUUUUCUGUGUAGGCUUCUGUAAAGCACCUAUCACCUUAACAAAUUGCUUUUCAGCAGGACAUUAAAUAGGAGAUAACACCCUGACAUUUACUGUUUGUCCUUCCAUCCUCUUCCUCAGAGAAGAAGAAUAUGUAAUGGAAUAAUUUGAUUUUUUGAGAUGGUGUUUUUUUCUUAGUUUUCUAAAAGUAUAUGUUGCUACUCACUUAAAUAAGGAAGAGCAAAAUCAGAACUAUAGACCAAAAUUACACAAGAGUUUUGGAUGUAAACGGUAUUUUAAAGGACUGCCCACUAAGUAAGACUAGGCUCACAUCCUAGAAACAACAGUAGGGGUAAUAGAUGCAAGAUAUACCCAGGAAUGAUAAAUAGGAGUAAUAAACCAGGCAGGUAUGUACAAUGGAUGACUUCUGUUUUAUACACAACAGUAAAUAUAUGCUAAAACUGAUUAAUACCCACAGAGGGCAAAUACUGUUUAAUCUAUUUUGGCAUUUGUUUAUUAGCAGUACAUCCCUAAGGUAUUAUUUUUUCCUUCCCUAAUGAAAUUGGAAAAUACUGUUAAAUCAAUAUCAGAGUUUCUGAACUUAUUGCCAAAGAACAAGCUUAGGAAUAAAUAACCAUCAAGGAGAGAUUUUUUUAGAUGUGAGCCAUUGCACGAAGGAACAGAUUGUAUGGAAAAGAAGAAGGAGGUACUGACAGGUAUAUUUAUUUUAGAAGUUUCUAUGGCACUUCUGGUUGAUUGAAAUAAUUCUGAAACUGUACACUGAAAGCAUGGCUUCCCAGUUCAGAUUAUUUGCAUUUCCUAAAAAGAAGCAGGUAAUUUUUAAAUUCACAUUAAGGGUCAUACUUCUCAAUCCCAUUUUCUCUGCUUAAACACAACCUCUUUCUGAAAGUUGAAUCUUUGCUGAAUGAUCCUGAGGUUCUAGAUGCCUAAAUAAGUUUUGGAAAUGUGAAUUAGAAAUCCCUCCUCUAAGUCCCAUGCACUUGUCAGUGUUUAAGUGUGUAAACAUUCCUCUCUGGAAACUUCUGGUAGGUCCUGCAAGUGUAUAAAUAAGAAGCAUAUGAAGAAAGUGAAGUUUGUGUGUAGGAGAGAGCAGCUUUAGAUAGAUGUGGUGCUGAUGUUAGCUUUCAUCUAUUUGCAAGCUGGAUGAUGCAGAGAUUAUUCAUACAAAGUGUAAGAGGGUAUUGCAUGUAGUGUCAUGAACUCUGAGGGCAUAAGGUUGAAUUUUAGACUUUAUAAUCCUUAAAGUUUUAGUGGAAUUGCAUGAGAAAUGCAUUAUUUUAGAGUUUUUUAUUUUAAGUAAGAGUUGAAUCUCUACUUACAGAAAAAAAUUGUGGGGAAAAAAGAAAAUCUAGAAUGUCUAAAUGCAAAAUGCAAGAAGUCUCCUGCUCAUUUGUAUUAUUUGGCUUUUCUGGAGGUAGGCAUAAGAAUUCCUCCAUGAGUUUCAAUACUGAAUGCCACAUUGGAUGUGAAAUGGGGCAAGUGAGGUACUUUGCCAACUGGAAAUUUGGAGGUGGUAGUAAGAAUGUCUUUUUAAAAGUAUAUAGGGAUAAAUGUUAGUACCUUUUUUUUUUUUUUUUUUUUUAAUUACUUUGCUCUGUAAGUGAAUAUUGUUUAGAAAUACCUAACCAGAAGGAAAGCUUGGAAAAUUUGUUCUAACAUAAUAAAGAGAUACAAAGUCUAUGAGAUAAUCUGCAGUUGACACUCCUUCUUCAGAAACAGUCUUAUAUAUGGAGUUAUCAAAUGCACAUUCAACCAAGAGUUGUCUGUAGAAAAUUUCCAAGGAAGUAGUAUUUAACCCAGUAGCUUCUGCAGAAAUGUCACGCAGAUCGUGUUGGGUAAGGCCAAAAUUUAACUCAGUUGUUCAGAGCUUAGUAAGAGAUACAGAGCAUCCCAAAGCCAAGCUUUAAAUAUGCUCACUGUCAGGACAGUAUUGUGCCUUUUACUGAAGUCUAAACCAAACCCAUUCUAGACAGAACUCCCAUCCUAAUACAUGACAUUUAUACUUGCUGAAAAUCAGGACAUCACUAAGUUGCAGACAUUAAUGUCUUUGAUGCUAGAAUAUUCCUUAUUAUUCUUAUGUCUCACUGUACCCAAGUUGCACUGGGGUCCUCUAGAGCACCAAGGGUUUGGGGAGUUGCUAUAAAUAUGAGUGAAAUUCAGCUGAUCUGCAUUUAAGCAUCUAAAACUUAUGUCUGGUCUGAGCUAGUCAGGUCACUUCCCUUUACAGUCAGUGCAGACAUCCUGGCAUUUCAAAGAUUGAGCUGUCCCGGAGAAGGUCUUAGGGAUGAGACAAACCACUACCUUAGCUAUUCUCUUCUUUUUCCUCCCCAGUGACUACUGUGUGGAGGUGGAGGACUGGUUCAGAUUAGCUGCCAUUCUGUAGGUGAGAUAAAUUCCACUGCUGAUUAAGAAUGAGAAGAUGUAAAGAAUAGAACUUCAAAUACAUAUGGAGACAAAGACACUGGGACAAGGGCCAGGCUUCAGCCAGAGAUUCAAAGGGACGUGACAGUAAAAUUAUUAAUAUAUAAGAUUUUAGAAGUCUGGCUAGGGGGUUUAUUCUAGUUGUAAGAACAUCUGUGAUUGUUGUUAUCUCCCCAAUUUUGCUCUAAGAUAGCACUAGUGUAUUAUCUGAUGUAUUCACCAAGAGCCAUCUCUCCAAACCAUCAUGUUGUUUAUUGCUCAAUUCCUUCUUGGAAUAGCUGCUUAAUAAAUCCAUGCAUCCCAGAAAUUUAUAUAUUUUUGAAAUGAUAAGUUUUCAUUGCCAAUUUUUUUUUUUUAAAGAAAGGGGAGCAGAGGGUGAGGUGCUGGCUGGACAUUCUCUCACUCUGAUCAUAGUUACUAAAGCUUCUGUCUGACCCUCCUGAGCCAUACUUGUGUUGUGAUGCCCUUGGAGUACCCAGAUUCUCCGGCAGGAAUUUGUUUCAGGCUCUGAACCAGAGAGGAGUGGGAAGAACCAGGGCUGCCACUCUGCUACACUGCUCCCAUAUGUGUCUCUUCUGUUUGCAGUUGCCAUUUUGAUCCUUAGACAUCUUUGGUGAUUUUCACCGCACUCAUGGUCCGUGGGAAAGUUCCUCUUGAGAAGAAUCAAUAGUAUGCAGUCCUCCACACUGUGAACUGUUACCCUCCAGAGAAAAGGAUUAGAAAUAGUAUUGUCCUCAAGAGCUGAGAAAACUUGCAGAUUUUCCAUGUACAAUAAACAGUUUCUAUAAUUACCAGGAAAACAAAACAGAGGCAGAGCUGUGCAGCAGGGCCAGCCCAUCUCAUACGCACUGCUGUGAUAAUGAAAUCCAAACCCUGUGGAAUUGCAGCCACAUUAUUCUCACUUGCUUUAAAGGUCAGCUAAGAAGCUGAUUUCUCAAAUGGGCUCAUAGCUCUGAGAAAACGUAACACUAGUCAUUUCUUCCAACAAAUUGCAGUUGUCAGAGAAACUGGAUUAGUAAGCUCAUGGAGCUAAAAAUAGACACUAUGGGCUUGCCAGAGAGGGGUAAAAUCAGUGACAGAGGUGAAGUCACAUCAAAAUAUCAUAACAUCUGGAAAAAAAGCAAAAAAAAUGCUCAACUGAAAGCAAGUUAGCCAUAAAAUUACAUUAAAAAUAAUUGCAAUAAAAAGAAGAAGAAUGACAAGUUUUAGUAUUAAUUCUGUUUUACUCACCUUCUAAAUUCACCUUGCAGUUUCUGUUUUAUCUGCUGGAUCAGUUUGGCCACAGUCCCUUCAAAGUUAAGUACAACAAGUUAAGCACUGAUAGUCAUGUUAAAGCCAUUAUUUGAAUACUGGAAAAGAAGUUUUUGGCUUGACAUUUCCAUCUUCUUCGCAGGAGGGACUAAGAGAUAAUUUAUUGCUAAAUUUAUUCAACUGAAAAAUAAAAAACUAAACUCCAAAAACCCAAAUCUAAUAAUGGAGCUAUAGUGAAAGAAAAUUUCCAAACCUCAGUGAAUCUUUAGUAAAAAGUGGUAAUUAUUUUUCAUUGCCUCAAAUAUUUACAUUUUAAAGAAUUCUCUUCUGCGCCAUGAUUUUACAAGUUCAUAUUCCUUCUUGCUUGGAUUUAACAAACUAAACAAAAUAAACCACUUCUUUAUUCUUAGUUCUUUUUCAGUUACUUAUUUUCUGCACCAGGGCAAUUCCACCAUACUGUGUAUGACCCUGAAGGAACAGCAAUCCAAUGCAGAAAGGGAACUCAGCCUGUUUGGUCAAGGUGAAAAAUUCUUCCAGGUACAGGCUGAGUCUCAGCUGAAGACAGGGCUGGCAGUAGUUGCAUGCAGUUUCUAUUAUGACUUAAGUAAUUAAUUUUAUUAUAUAUUCACAAGCUGACCUAUGCAUGGCUCAGGAAUAACCUUCACCACUCUCUUGACAAACUCUUUCUCUAGUAUGUGUUUUUUUUUGCACACCUGUUAUAACAUCUCUGCAUUUCAAAUCUGAGGCACUGACAAGUGUAGGGUGUAAUUAAUAACUUAUGUCAGUGAAGCAAAUCACUGUGAAAAAUAUUUGUAAAGUGUUUAUGCUCAUUGUCUUUUGGAUAUGUUAUAAACUAGAGUUCUUUUUGCAAAGUUUUGUUCUUGCAAAAGUCUUCAUUGUAAAAGAGGUAAGAGUUAUCUUGAUUUUGGGAUUUAAUUAGCAUCAGUGCCUUUUAUCUGGUAUUCAGUGUGUCCCAUUAUUACCAGGAUGUUAGGGUUCAGUGCUGGAACAGAAAUGUCAGACCAAGCAGCACCAGCAGUUAUCUGCAUUUCAUGUCCUACGCAUUAUCUACGCAUUCCAUGGCAUACUUUGAAUUUUAUAGAACAUGAAAUGACUGCUUAAAUUUGUAGAAAUAUAGUUAGGGAUAAAUAAUACAAAAUAUAUGGACAUUGUCUGAUAGGUAUCUUGAGAUAUUUUGGAUAUAUUCUCACCUACCCUUGGGAUUACCCUAAACCAAAUCAUGCACCUUUAGCAUCCAUCCUUAUUUCAUUGAAAAGCAUGGCCAUCUUCAUCCCUUUACUUUUUAAACUUCAUUUUCUUUAAAGCCCAGAGAUUAAUGACACAAGUAUUUUCCAGCAAAGUCUUAUAAGACAACUGGGGUGGGGUUGGUUUUUUUUUUUGGUUUUUUUGUUUGUUUGUUUGUUUGUUUUGUUUGUUUUUGUUUGUUUUGUUGGUUUUUUUUCCCCUAAAUAUGGUAUGCUCCACUGCUAGGACUGACUACAUUCCUGCUUGAGAGAAGUUUGACCUUUUCUAGUUAGCUAAAAUUCUGCUAAAGUUCUUCUUUGCAGGAUCCUAUAGUGUUUUGAAGAGGCUGUGUGUACUCUGCUUGUGCAAGUUAUGGGUGCAACACAUAAAUAUUAAGGUGUUCUCAGAGCUCUACUGGAGAGUCCAACAAAUUUCACAGCCACAAAUAAUCCUCUCACUGUCUUUGCCACUUUGCUCUGCCUCUGUAGCCAACUUUAGAGAAGGAACUGAAUGCUACUAAAAAUAAUCUACUGCUUUAUGUUUAUAUAUUUCAGUGGGAUUAGCUUGUAAUAAGCAGAAAUUUUUGCAGUACAAGCUUGUAUUAUUGGCAUGAAAUUCACAGCCUGGGCCUACCAAGUUCAGUCUCUUCCCAAAGCCUUUGAGAACAAAUUGAACUUUGCAUGCAGUAUCUCACCUAGAAGAAGAGAUAACAAUUUUCCAGUUUUCUGUGACUGUGAUUCUGACUCUCCCUUCUAAUCAGGAGUCAUAACAUUCAAGAAAGUGUGAAUGGAAAGUCAUUUUAAAAUGUUUCAAUUGUUUAAACAAUUUUUCCAGGAACCAGCUGAAAUUGGUGAUUUAACUGGUGAUUCAUUCAGGCUCAUCUUCAUUUCCUCUGAAAGGAAUGCUAGAACACAAAUAACUUUUCUGCCUUAGAGUUGUAUCUUUCAACUUUUCCCUUUAAUUUCAGUGUUGCCAAAGUAAAAUCUGAGGGCUAAUUCCAAUUUAAGGUGGUCACAAACAUCUGUAGUAACAGACCAGAUAUAUGUGAAGAUAACUUGGAUUAUUGUAGGAAGACGGAUUUCACCUGAGUUCAUGAUGCUCUAUACUGGGAGUAGGAAUUUUAGGAAGGGUUAUGAACCACCCACUGGUGGUGGUUCAUUUUCUGAGAGCAGACCAAAGGGACAGAACUCAAUAGAGUGCAGUUUUAAUUUCAGUUUUAUGAAUGCUGAGAAUUGCUGCGUGUCUUGUUUCAAUUAUCUCUGUUCUGGAUGCUGGAUAAAAAUAUUUGGUCCUCUUAAAAUGUGAAGACUGACCACCUCAAAGCCUGCAGUCCUGUGGAAAUGGACAAAUAUCCAUCCCCUGGGUGAAAAUGCUUUUUUUGUAGUUCUGUAAUACUGUUUUAGUGUUGUCUUAUAGAGCUUAUCUGAAGAGACUUGCACAAGCAUUCUGCACUAAUAAGAUUACAACCUUGCACUAUCAACAAUAGUUGCUUAGUAUUAAAAUAAUCUUGGAUGCCAUUAAAGAGUACUAGAGCUCUAUCAGGGUUUAGAGCACUGAGGUGUUUGAGAACCUGAUCCUGCUUGUACAAAAUUUCUCAGAGACAAAGGAUAAUCUAAUUAAUAAGAGUAUUUCCAUAUUAGUAAUACACAGAGGAGGUAAGGCAGUGUCCCUAGAGAUUUCUGUCAACUUAAUGAUUAAGAGAUUAAUUUUGGUGCUCUUUAAAUCUGAACAUUAUUUUAAAACAUCAGCCUGUGAUGUUUUAACUGGGAAGGGAUGGGGUGGGUUAGAGUUUUACUGUCAGAUGGCAUGAACAGAAAAGCUCAGAAAGCAUUAUAAGCCAGGACCUUCCCACACUGAAAUCAAGGGAUUAUUUGCAAAAUUGCAUCUGAUUACUUGUCCUGUAACUAGCUGUUCAGCAAAGGAAUCCACCUGCCAACAGAAGCAGAGUCCAUACAAAGUACCACAUGCUGCAUUUCAGUUUUUUUAUUGGGAUUUGUUUGGUAGACUUAGUGGUCUGGAAGUUCCAGUAAGUACCUCUGGUUGAAAGUUGAUAUUUCAGUUAUGAUUGCUUCCCCAAACCAACUGAAUUUAUUACUAACCAAAGACUUACCUACUUGAAAAUAAAAACAAAAAACAAACCAACAAACCAGUAAAUUUGGUUCUGUCAUUUGUGUCUUUGACUGUGAGCAGUUGAAGUGCAUGAUGUAUGUACUAAUCAGGCCUGUGCUGUGGCAUUGAACAAGUUAUUCAGGGCUGCAGCACCAGUAUAACACAUUCAGAAUUCAGUAUUAAUCCCUCCAUGGGAACAAGAGUCUAUGUAAAAACUUGAUGUGCCAUAUGUGUAGGCCAUGGGAAAAUUGUGUGUGCAGUGAACUAUAUACGGUCUUAAAAGCUUUAACAUUUGUACUGCUCUUCCUAUUACAGAAUGUACGUCUUGAUAGCUGUUGAUCCUAUGAACUUCUGAAAAAAAUGUAAUCUAAAGUUUAUUCUUCUUGUCUUAAAAUUACUGUUUUGUGUCUAACUGUUUACACAGACCUGCAUACAGCAAAGGGUCUUUCUCUGUAUGUUGCUGGGAAAUGGAAAAGCAGAUGCUAUUUGUAAAUCUUGCAGGCUUAGAGAGAUCAGUGAAUGCCUUUCCUGAAUCUCCUCCUGAUAAGCCACUUCUAUUUACUAGCAAAUGCAAACAGUGCCAAUAGCCUGGGCCUUCUUUAGAGGAAACAAAACAGCCUUGUUCUGUUCCACUUCUAUUGAUACUUCUUAUUUUAAUCUUUUUGCCUCCUUUUGAGUAGACUUUGGUGAUAGAAUUCUUCCAAAGUGUAACUGAGGACAGUUUGCCUUUUUUACUCCUCUUUUUCAAAGCCACAGAAGGCCUCAAACAAGAAGAAAAAACUUUACAAAACUCAUGCAGGGAUGUUGUUAACAGGUAGCAGAAGGAUAAAAUGGCCUUCUCAGAGUACCCCAGACUAUCUUUUAACAGCGUGCCUGCACUGUAUUGUGACUUGACAUCUCGCUUUCAUAAUGUGACCUGCUGUUAAUGGUGUUUGUUGCAAUGAGGUCCUUUUAGUUUGUCCUAAAAGAUUUUACUUGUCACCAUAUUAGAAACAUAAUGUACACUCUAUAAGAAAAGCAAUAUACAAUAUAUUAUACAUCUUCUAUUUCAAUGCCUCCAGUUUUAGGCUAGUAUUCAUAUCAAUGUUUAUAAUCAAAAUACAAGUUUUCUUGUUCUUCACAGGACCGAGCAAAGUUUUGCCUUGUCUAAAUACUAACACUAAUGUUUCUAUUCAACAAAUACUCUUUUCUCAUGCUUCUAGUUUUUUUGUGGCAGGCUCCAUCCUUCUGAUUCCCCAUUAAUGCAUUUGAAAGGGAAAAGUAAUGAGCUAUUUCAGUGCAUGACCUUUGCACAGUACCUGAUUCAUAAAGAUAAAUAGAUCCAAAAUUUCAUUUAUGAGUUACUAGUGAUCAGCAAAACAACAAAAAUCCUUUGAAGUUCAGCUGAGGAAAUUCUGAAGUUCUUACAUUGCUUAUUCAGUUUUGCAGUUUCUUGAGUCAUUAUAAUGGAUAUAUUUGAUGAGGCUUUUGCCGUAGACACUGGCAUCUUCAUAGAAGUUAUUCUAAUUUCUGCUUCUAGUUAUAUGUGGAAGUGUACUGUAGUGAAGAAAUUAUCUAGAUUAAAAAAAAAAAAAAAGAAAAAUCAUACAAGUUUUCUUCAAGACAAUUCUUACUUUAUUUGACCUCAUCCUCUGGUAGGUAGCUCAUUUUAAUUAAUUCUUCUCAUGAUAGUAGUCCAUAAAAUUAUUUCUCCAGAGAAACCUCACUCAAAAAUAUUUUAAUCCUGAUUGUGACCAGGAUGCCUUUCUUUCAGAGCUAAGUCACUGAAGAGGUGAUCAAAGACAGAACAUUAGGACAAAUCAAGAAAAUUUUGUGUAUAUGGUUAAAAAAGUUAUAUGAUGGGGAAAUUCUUGAGUUGGGUUUUUUUCUUCAUUAAAAUUUGCUUAUACACAUUACAGCUGCUCAUAAAAUAUUCAUUUAUUCCUUCACUGUCUUUCUUUUGAAGCCAAAAGAUCUCCAAAGCCAAAAAAAAUUACCUGGUGACUUUGUACGAAUUACAUAGCAAAUUCAAUCCAGACACCAAAUCCAUCCAGUCUUUAGUAGUCCCAAAGGUAUCAAAUUCACUGGAAGUCAUGGACAGAGCUUGUUCUUCUGAACAUUGUAAUAGCACAGUAUAAAAUGCACCAGUUCACUUGCAUUGUUGGCUGCUCAAGAUAUCACCCAGACUGUAUUUAUUAUUCUCCCAUUGCAUGGAAAGGAGGAGGGGAAAAAAAAAAAAAAAAAGCUUAGGUCUAUGUCUCUGCAUUACUUGAGUUCUCAUAUGUGCAGACUGCAUCUGGUGAUAUGUUGCAGAGAAGAUGGUUUAUCUCUUUUGUGGUACCCUUUUUUUUUCCCCUGUCUGGAGUUUUUUUACAUCUCUUCAACCAUGUCAGUAGAUUUUCUUGGGCUGCUCAGUGCCUGUAAAUCCUGGGUAAAAGGCCACACUAAACAUUUGCAGAACAAUUCUGUAUCUCAGGUGAGGAGUUUUAUAAGGAUAUUUUAGCUUUAUUGCUAGGGGCAGACCAACUUUCCAAGUUCAAUGGGCUCACCUUAUGCUGUAGAGCUGAUGUGUAAAGGCACAACACAUGUUAACAUGUUGCUCAGCUAGUGCAGACAGAUGGUCAAUGCAGUUCAGCAUGGCAAAUCCUGAGAAAAAUGGAAUUUGCAGCAAUCGGGAUUUCAGAUGUUGGCAGGAGUACAUUAUUUGUACCACCUACUCUCUCUUGUGUCAUGAAAACUAUCUAGAAAUAGAGGAAAAUAAGAUGGAAAGGAAAAAAGAAACAAAUUAGGGCAAUUGUGAGGCAGAGCUCAUUUAUCAAAUUUUAUAUUCCAUAGGUGGAACUAAAACCAUUCAAAUUCAGUGGUCAAUGCUGAUCAGCCAUCUCACAGGAGUUCUAUCUCAGUUUCCAUAUGUAAAUUUUAUCCUGAGCAGCUAUAAUACUGCCACGGGGCAGGAGGUGUUUGACUUUAAUAACCACUGUUUAAAGAUUGGUUACUGAAGUGGUCAAUACCCAAAUUCCCUGCUGGGUCUUGGCAAAAAGGGUUCAGUUUCCAGCAAGGUUUUGUGGUAGGAACUUCGAAUGUUUUUGUGAAUCAGGACUGACCAGGAGUGGUCGUAAGCCUUCACAAACACAUGUCCAGGACUGGUUUUGCACACAUCCUACACACAUGCCUACAUAUUUUAUGAAUCAGGUCUGUGAUCAGUGUUUUGAACAGUUUGUUUGCUGCAGUUUCAUGAGGUUUUUCUCUCUUUGGUUUGCACUGUAAAUAAUACUGUACAUCUGCUAUUUUAUGAUACAAAUGCCAUGUACGUUGCUUAUUUUUAAAAUGUUAUAUAGCUCUGUUAUGAUUUAUUUGCGAUGCCAUAUUACACUAUUGAUUUUAUAUACAAUGUAUCUCAAUGGCAUGAGUGAAAAUGCUUAUAUUUUGCAAUGUCAAAUAUUUUAUUUUUGUUUUUUAAAAUGAGUACAUUUCAUCCUAUGCAGUUCCAUAAAUGUUUCUUAAGUGGCUCAUUAUGUCUGAAAAUAUUGCUUCCUCUCCAGUAAUGCAAGCAUAAGAACUAGUAUUCCUGAUCAAAAUCAUCAGAUAUAUCAUCUAGCAAUUUCAGAUUAUAAAUGUAUGUACAAAUAUGUAAGCAUUUAUAGUUAAUCAGAACAUCUACUAUAUCUUCCUUGCUUUUCAUGUAAUGAUACAUUUUAAUCAUUUUGUAUUCUUUUUAUUUGUAAUUAUUUGUGACUCAUACACAGUGUAAAUAACAUGCUUCAUUAUGCAAGUUUUCUAGGUAUUCAAGCCUACAAAAAAGUUUGUAUAGGAAAAGAAAUUGAUAGUAGAUUGGAAUGGCAUAAAAUAAAGUGGUGAUGACUAUGUUCUAUUUAUACUGUUCAUUUCCAAGAUGUCUGUUAAAGAAAAAACAUUUUAUUUGCCCUUAAAUGUCCAACCAGUUAUUUGAAAUAUAUUUACAUCAAUAAAUCAUGCAAGUCUAUUAAAAGUAA